AUGGCGCCAGCCGAGACUAAGCCUCAGAGAUCUACACUAGGCUUUACGGUCUCAUCCCGACAAGCAGGUGUCAAAGUAGUUGGUCCACCUUCCACCGGCGCUUUCAAGAAGCGAGAAAGUCGACCCACCCAAUUCCGAAAGUUCUACGAGCGUGGCGAUUUUCCUGUUGCGCUUGAACACGAUACGAAGGGCAACCGAAUCGCCUGGAAGGUCGAGAUUGAAAAGCUCGACUAUCAUCACUACUUGCCACUCUUUUUGAUGGGCUUUGCGAGACAAAACAUCCCUAUGAGUUUUUCGCGAGACAAGGAAUCCACGAUAUGCUUGAACACGGUGAAUGCACUCAACACACGCGACCGAUCAGUGAUCUGUACCACGCUGAAGAUUCUGCAACACUUGGUUGUGGCUGGAGAUAUGGUUGGAGAAGCGCUCGUGCCUUACUAUCGCCAGAUCUUGCCCGUUUUAAAUUUAUUCAAGAACGCAAACGCGAACAGAGGAGAUGCGAUCGACUACUCUCAACAGAAGCGCGAAAACGUAGGGGACCUUAUCGAGGAGACCUUGGGCGCGUUCGAGCGUCACGGCGGACCCGAUGCCUUCAUCAACAUCAAGUACAUGGUGCCGACGUACGAAUCCUGCAUCCUCGCGUGA